CUCUCUCUCUCUCCACUGCCAUUAUUCCUAUCGCCAUCUUCUGCUCUGUUUUUCUUCCUAUCAUCCUCCCUCUCUCUCUCCCCUGUUUUAUUUCCUCUGUUAAUCCUCUUCUCUUCUCAAACCAUUAAAGAUGUUUCGUAUAAGCAAUAACCUGAUCGGAAUCCUCAAUUUCAUCACCUUCGUCCUCUCCAUCCCCAUCUUGGGCGGUGGGAUAUGGCUCAGCACACGUGCCAGCAGCGACUGUGAGAAGUUCCUCGACAAACCCAUCAUCGCCAUCGGCGUCUUCCUCAUGCUCGUCUCACUGGCAGGCCUCAUCGGCGCUUGCUGCCGUGUCACCUGGCUGCUCUGGGUCUACCUACUUGUCAUGUUCCUCCUCAUCGUCGUGCUAUUCUGCUUCACCAUCUUCGCGUUCGUCGUCACAAACAAGGGAGCGGGCGAAGUGGUAUCAGACAGAGGGUAUAAGGAGUAUCGGCUCGGCGAUUAUUCGAACUGGCUGCAGAAGAGGGUGAGCAACACCAAGAACUGGAGGAAGAUCAAGAGCUGCUUGCAAGAUAGCAAGAUUUGCGACAGUCUUGAGAAGAAGAACUUCCAGCAGAAUGAUUUCUUCCAAGAGCACUUGUCACCAAUUCAGUCUGGCUGUUGCAAGCCGCCCACCUCAUGCAACUUUGAGUACGUGACUGCAACGAACUGGACCAAGUCGGGGAAUUUUACAGAUGGCGAUUGCGCGGCGUGGGGGAACGACAGUGGCACGCUUUGCUACAAUUGCCAGUCGUGCAAGGCGGGCGUCCUGGCCAACCUCAAGAGAGAUUGGAAGAAGGUCGCGAUCGUGAACAUCAUCUUCCUCAUCUUCCUCAUCGUCGUCUACUCGAUCGGCUGCUGUGCUUUCAGGAACAGCAAGGAAGACAAUGCAUAUGCCAAUGCCUACCCUAGAUAUAAGGGUUACCCUUAGAUUAGUGGGCUAUGAUUUUCAGGCACUUAUAGAUUGCUCCUCUUUUGAUGGGCCAUGAUUUUCAGUGACUUAACAGAUUGUUCUUUUGCAUUUUAUCUUCUGUUGGGAUUUCUAGAUACAUACAUGUUUGAUUCUUUGCUGUUUAUAUAUAUAGAUGCAUUUUUAUUUGAUGUUUUA